AUGUUCUCUCGAACUGCGUUCUCGGCUUUCCGCCCGGUCUCACGGCCAUUCCUGAGUACCACUCGCGCCCCGGCUUUCGCGCUUCCCUCGGUCCUUCAUGCGCGCCUCUUGUCCUCCGAAACCAAGGCGGCAAUUGAUAAGGCAGUUGCCUCCGCACCUGUCGUUCUUUUCAUGAAGGGCACUCCCGAAACACCCCAGUGCGGGUUCUCGCGCGCAAGCAUUCAGAUUCUGGGUCUGCAGGGCGUUGAUCCCAAGAAAUUUGUCGCGUUCAACGUGCUUGAAGACCCCGAACUGCGCCAAGGUGGGCUGCUCGUUCUUGGCGUCAAAGAAUACUCGGAUUGGCCAACCAUCCCGCAGCUGUACCUGGACAAGGAGUUUGUCGGAGGCUGUGAUAUCUUGAUGACCAUGCACCAGAAUGGAGAUCUUGCCAAAAUGCUGGAGGGCAAGGGUGUUCUGGUCGCGGCGGAUCAGUAA